ACUCUCCUUUGCUCCCAGUGUUCCUUUUCUUAUUUAGGUGAAAUAGCAAAAACCUGGAGCGUCCUUCUGCUGUGAUAAAUUGAUUUGGUUGAAGAUGGGUGAUGCUGAAAUGUCUGUUUUUGGGGCCGCAGCGCCUUACCUGCGGAAGUCUGAUAAGGAGCGUCUAGAGGCGCAGACAAAACCCUUCGACUUAAAGAAGGAAUGCUUUGUGCCGGAUGCAAUAGAGGAGUUUGUUAAAGCUACCGUCACGAGCCGAGAGGGUGACAAAGUCACUGUGGAGACACAAGGAGGCAAGACUGUCACUGUCAAAGAGGCAGAUGUUCUGCAACAGAAUCCUCCCAAAUUUGAUAAAAUUGAAGACAUGGCAAUGCUGACCUUUCUCCAUGAGCCAGCGGUGCUGUUCAACCUCAAAGAGCGCUAUGCAGCAUGGAUGAUCUAUACCUACUCUGGGCUGUUUUGUGUCACUGUCAACCCCUACAAGUGGCUGCCGGUGUACAACCAGGAGGUGGUUAUAGCCUAUAGAGGGAAAAAGAGGACUGAAGCUCCUCCCCACAUCUAUUCUAUCUCUGACAAUGCCUACCAGUACAUGUUGGCAGACCGGGAAAACCAGUCAAUCCUUAUCACUGGAGAAUCUGGUGCUGGGAAGACUGUCAACACUAAAAGAGUCAUUCAGUACUUCGCCAGCAUUGCAGCAAGUGGAGGGAAGAAAGAACAAGACAAGAACAAGGGAACGCUGGAGGAUCAAAUCAUCCAGGCAAACCCUGCCUUGGAGGCCUUUGGUAAUGCUAAGACCAUCAGAAAUGACAACUCCUCCAGAUUUGGUAAAUUUAUUAGAAUUCACUUCGAUACAAGGGGGAAGCUGGCAUCUGCUGACAUUGAAACAUAUCUGCUGGAGAAGUCCCGUGUCACCUUUCAGUUGAAGGCUGAGAGAGACUAUCACAUCUUUUAUCAAAUCUUAUCCAACAAAAAACCUGAAAUCCUUGAGAUGUUACUAGUGACAGCCAACCCCUACGACUACGCAUUCAUCUCUCAAGGAGAGACAACAGUCGCCUCCAUUGAUGAUUCUGAUGAGUUAAUGGCAACUGACAGUGCCUUUGAUAUAUUGGGCUUCACACAAGAAGAAAAGAACUCUGUGUACAAGUUAACUGGAGCCAUUAUGCAUUACGGCAACAUGAAGUUCAAGCAGAAGCAGCGAGAGGAACAAGCAGAAGCUGAUGGAACUGAGGAUGCUGACAAAUCUGCAUACCUAAUGGGCCUAAACUCUGCUGACCUCAUCAAGGGUCUGUGUCAUCCAAGAGUCAAAGUAGGAAAUGAGUGGGUCACCAAAGGACAAAAUGUCCAGCAGGUGAACUAUGCUAUUGGUGCCUUAUCAAAAUCGGUGUAUGAAAAAAUGUUUCUCUGGAUGGUGGUGAGAAUCAACCAGUCUCUGGAGACAAAGCAGCCUCGCCAGUAUUUCAUCGGAGUAUUGGAUAUUGCUGGCUUUGAGAUCUUUGAUUUCAACACUUUUGAGCAACUCUGCAUCAACUUCACCAAUGAAAAACUGCAACAGUUUUUCAACCACCACAUGUUUGUGCUGGAACAAGAGGAGUACAAGAAGGAAGGGAUUGAAUGGGAGUUUAUUGACUUUGGCAUGGACUUGCAGGCCUGCAUCGAUCUCAUUGAGAAACCUAUGGGCAUCAUGUCCAUCCUUGAAGAGGAGUGCAUGUUUCCCAAAGCCAGUGAUUCAACCUUUAAAGCAAAGCUUUAUGACAACCAUCUUGGGAAAUCAAACAAUUUCCAGAAACCCAGGCUUGUGAAGGGCAAGCCAGAGGCUCACUUUGCCCUGGUUCACUACGCUGGCACAGUGGACUACAACAUCAACAACUGGCUAGUGAAGAAUAAGGAUCCUCUUAAUGAAACUGUGGUUGGAUUGUACCAGAAAUCCUCACUGAAGCUGUUGUCUAUUCUGUUUGCCAACUACGCUGGUGCAGACUCAGACGGUGGGAAAAAAGAGAAGAAGAAGAAAGGAUCAUCAUUCCAGACAGUGUCAGCACUUCACAGGGAGAAUCUCAACAAACUAAUGACAAACCUAAGGUCCACUCACCCUCAUUUUGUGCGCUGCAUCAUUCCUAAUGAGACAAAGACUCCUGGUGCGAUGGAGAAUCCUUUGGUCAUGCAUCAGCUACGCUGUAAUGGUGUGCUGGAGGGCAUCAGGAUUUGCAGGAAGGGCUUCCCCAACAGAAUCCUCUAUGGGGACUUCAAACAGAGAUAUCGCAUCUUAAACCCUGCAGCUAUCCCUGAGGGACAGUUCAUAGAUAGCAAGAAAGGAGCAGAGAAACUGCUGGGCUCUUUGGAUAUAGACCACCAACAGUAUAGAUUUGGACACACUAAGGUAUUUUUUAAGGCUGGUCUUCUUGGCCAACUGGAAGAGAUGAGAGAUGAACGAUUAUCAAAAAUAAUCACAGGCAUUCAAGCUAGGUCACGAGGUCUUCUCUCAAGGGCCGAAUACAUAAAGAUGGUAGAGCGCAGAGAUGCCUUACUUGUGAUUCAGUGGAAUGUGCGUGCAUUCAUGGCGGUCAAGAACUGGCCCUGGAUGAAGCUCUUCUUUAAAAUUAAACCACUGCUGAGAUCUGCUGAAGCAGAAAAGGAAAUGGCCAAUAUGAAAGAAGAGUUCUUGAAGCUUAAGGAAGCUUAUGCAAAGUCUGAGGCACGUAGAAAAGAACUUGAAGAAAAAAUGGUGACUCUUCUCCAAGAAAAGAAUGACCUACAACUUCAAGUGCAAGCGGAGCAAGACAACCUCUGCGAUGCCGAAGAAAGGUGUGAAGGUCUGAUCAAAAACAAGAUUCAGAUGGAGGCUAAAGCCAAAGAGCUCACAGAGCGACUUGAGGAUGAGGAAGAGAUGAAUGCAGAGCUGACAGCUAAGAAGAGAAAGCUGGAGGACGAAUGCUCUGAGCUGAAGAAGGAUAUUGAUGAUCUGGAGCUCACUCUGGCUAAAGUGGAGAAAGAGAAGCAUGCUACUGAGAACAAGGUGAAGAACCUGACAGAAGAAAUGGCAGCUUUAGAUGAUAUCAUUGCUAAGCUGACAAAAGAGAAAAAGGCCUUGCAGGAAGCUCAUCAGCAGACACUGGAUGACCUGCAGAGUGAGGAGGACAAAGUCAACACACUCACCAAGGCAAAAGUAAAACUAGAGCAACAAGUGGAUGAUCUUGAGGGAUCUCUAGAGCAAGAAAAGAAAAUCCGAAUGGACCUAGAAAGAGCCAAGAGGAAACUUGAAGGAGAUCUGAAGUUAACUCAGGAAAGCAUAAUGGACCUGGAGAAUGACAAGCAGCAACUGGAAGAAAAACUGAAGAAGAAAGACUUUGAAAUCAGUCAGCUCAACAGUAAAAUUGACGAUGAGCAAAACAUAAUUAUCCAACUCCAGAAGAAACUCAAGGAGCUGCAGGCUCGAGUUGAGGAGCUGGAGGAAGAGCUUGAGGCGGAAAGAGCUGCCAGAGCCAAAGUGGAGAAACAGAGAGCAGAUUUAGCCAGAGAGCUGGAGGAGAUCAGCGAGAGACUGGAGGAGGCUGGAGGAGCUACAACUGCUCAGAUUGAGAUGAACAAGAAACGAGAGGCAGAGUUUCAGAAACUCCGGAGAGACCUUGAAGAGGCCACUCUGCAGCACGAGGCCACUGCCGCCACACUCAGGAAGAAACAAGCCGACAGUGUGGCUGAACUUGGAGAGCAGAUAGACAAUCUGCAGAGGGUCAAGCAAAAACUGGAAAAGGAGAAAAGUGAACUGAGGCUGGAGUUGGAUGAUGUAGCCUCCAGCAUGGAGCAGAUUGUAAAGUCCAAGACUAAUAUGGAGAAAGUUAACAGAACCCUAGAAGAUCAAAUGAAUGAAUACCGUAACAAAUGUGAGGAAUAUCAAAGGUCCCUCAAUGAUUUUACAACUCAGAAGGCAAAGCUUCAGGCAGAAAAUGAUGAAUUUUCAAGACAAUUGGAAGAAAAGGAAUCAUUGGUCUCUCAGCUAACAAGGGGUAAGAAUUCCUUCAGUCAACAAAUGGAGGACCUGAAAAGGCAGUUAGAUGAGGAAAUUAAGGCAAAGAACGCUCUUGCUCAUGCACUGCAGUCAGCCCGUCAUGACACAGAUCUGCUCAGAGAGCAGUAUGAGGAGGAACAGGAGGCCAAAGCAGAGCUACAGCGAAGCAUGUCUAAAGCUAAUUCUGAGGUGGCACAGUGGAGAACCAAGUACGAAACUGAUGCCAUCCAGAGGACUGAAGAACUGGAGGAAGCCAAGAAGAAAUUGGCUCAGCGUUUGCAGGAGGCUGAGGAGGCCGUGGAGGCUGUGAAUGCUAAAUGCUCUUCUCUUGAAAAGACUAAGCACAGACUGCAGAAUGAAAUAGAAGAUUUGAUGGUGGAUGUGGAGAGAUCCAACACUGCUGCUGCUUCUUUAGACAAGAAACAAAGACACUUUGAUAAAAUCAUAUCUGAAUGGAAGCAGAAGUACGAGGAGUCUCAAUGUGAACUGGAGAGCUCUCAGAAGGAGGCCAGAUCUUUAAGCACAGAACUGUUCAAGUUGAAGAACUCAUAUGAGGAAUCUAUGGAUCACCUGGAAACCAUGAAGAGAGAGAACAAGAUUCUGCAAGAGGAGAUCUCCGAUCUGACUGAACAGCUUGGCGAAGGUGGAAAGACAAUGCAUGAGCUGGAGAAAGUCCGUAAGCAGCUGGAGCAAGAAAAAGCUGAGAUACAGGCUGCUCUGGAAGAGGCUGAGGGAUCUCUGGAGCAUGAGGAGGGUAAAAUCCUGAGAACGCAGCUAGAAUUUAACCAAAUAAAGGCGGACAUUGAACGCAAGCUGACCGAGAAAGAUGAAGAAAUGGAGCAGGUAAAGAGAAACCAACAGAGAACCAUAGACACCCUGCAAAGUGCUUUGGAGUCUGAAACCCGUAGCAGGAAUGAAGCUCUGAGAAUAAAGAAGAAGAUGGAAGGAGAUCUGAAUGAAAUGGAGAUCCAGCUGAGCCAGGCUAACAGACAGGCAGCUGAGGCUCAAAAACAGCUCAAGUCAGUCCAAGCUCAUCUAAAGGACUCCCAGCUUCAGCUGGAUGAUUCUCUUCGAGCAAAUGAUGAUCUGAAGGAGAACACUGCCAUUGUGGAGAGACGAAAUACUCUGCUUCAGGCCGAGCUUGAAGAGCUCAGGGCUGUUUUGGAGCAAACAGAACGUGGACGAAAACUUUCUGAGCAAGAGCUCCUGGACGUCACUGAGAGAGUACAGCUUCUGCAUUCUCAGAACACCAGUCUCAUAAAUCAGAAGAAGAAGCUGGAGACGGAUAUAUCCCAGUUUCAGACUGAAGUGGAAGAGGCAGUGCAAGAAUGCAGGAAUGCUGAGGAAAAAGCCAAGAAGGCCAUAACUGAUGCUGCCAUGAUGGCAGAGGAGCUGAAGAAGGAGCAGGAUACAAGCGCUCACCUGGAGAGGAUGAAGAAGAACAUGGAGCAGACCAUUAAGGACCUGCAGCACCGCCUGGAUGAAGCAGAACAAAUCGCUAUGAAGGGAGGCAAGAAACAAGUCCAGAAACUGGAGGCCAGGGUCAGAGAGCUGGAAUGCGAAGUUGAGGCUGAACAGAAGAGAAGCAGCGAAUCUGUGAAGGGAAUCCGUAAAUAUGAACGCCGCAUCAAGGAACUUACUUAUCAGACCGAAGAGGACCGUAAAAACAUAGCCCGUCUUCAGGAUUUGGUUGACAAGCUGCAACUUAAAGUCAAAGCUUACAAAAGAGCAUCAGAGGAAUCUGAAGAACAGGCAAACGUUCACCUUGGCAAAUUCCGUAAACUGCAGCAUGAACUGGAUGAAGCAGAGGAAAGGGCUGAUAUUGCUGAAUCUCAAGUGAACAAACUACGUGCCAAAAGUCGUGAUGCGGGUCCGAAGAAAGCGUUUGAUGAAGAAUAAAGUCGGGGAAAUCUUCUAAAAUCACCUGAACUUGCUUGCCUUUCUCUCUGUACACUAAAGUGUUCCUUAACUUACAUGAAUAAUAAAGUCACUCUGCAUCUA